AUGAAUCCAAAUCAAACAAAGAAAGCAAAGAGGGAAGACGAAGACGACCAAACGCAAACGAACAAGGAUAACGCUACAGGUAAAAAUGUGAAUAGGGAAGAACAGCCGCUAGACGGCAAAGUAGACGAAGAAGAGCAGAGAAAAUUCGAAUUGGAACUAUUGAAUUGGCAUAGUCAGCAGCCAAAAAUGAACAGAUCGGGUGCCCAAAAACACUCGACACUGGUAGGGGAGGAGAUUCUAGGAGAAAUACAUAGGGAAGAAGAAGAAGAAGAAAAAGAAGAUGGAGGCAAAAGAGAGGAAGGUUCCUCGGCAGAAAUUGUAGAGAAUGCAGAAGCAGAAGCUGAAGGAAAAAAAGAAAGCCAAGGGGAAGCAGGAUGGCAGGAUAUAGAAGAAAGCAUCCUGGCAACUUUCCUGUUCGAUGAGGGGGAAAGAAUCGAAAUGCAACAAGUAAAAAAAAAGAAAGGGGGAUAG